AGGUGGAACGAGAAACAGUCUGGUGAACGAUGUCGCUCGAUUUUGACAGUGCAGCUUUACAGAUGCAACACGAAGAGGACGAAUAUGAUCAAGAGGAUUAUGCUAGGGAGCAGGAGUUACAACAGCUAUUGACAGACCUUCCUCAUGACAUGCUAGAAGACAGCGGAGAUCACCUUUCUGACUACAGUGCAGCUGGAGACCACGAACAAGUGCAUGAACCCUGGGAUCAGGAUGCCGCCAAAUGGAAUGAUCAUCCAGUGGCAACAAAGCCACCAAGUGAUUAUGGGCAGGAUCAGAAUGUGUUUGUCGACCGCUUUGUGUACGAUCAAGGAAACGCCCCGAGUGAAAUACGUGCAAGUGACUGGCCUGUCCAUCAUAGCGAGGCUGAAGAUAGAAGCAUGUAUGAGAUCUCUGGCAGGGCCAGUGAAAAUGGGUCUGAUGAUGUAUAUCUUGGAGAGGACUACAAAGCACCGGGCCAUUACCAGCAAAGCAGCAGCGUAUAUGCUCUCCCGCCCAAUUUUAGAGCGUACACAAACGGUCACCAGCAAGACUUCAGUAACCAACAUGGCAUAGUAACAAACUUUGUUGAUUCUCAGCAGGAACCCUUGAAGUGUGGUGAUUCAGAAACAAACAACCAGUCUUUGGAGCCUUACAAAGUUGUGUACAAACCAUACAAGAAAAACAUUCAGAAAGCAGCCCCUAUUUCUCCAGAGGCAGAAGCAUUUGAAGAGAUGCAACAAGAAUUUCUGGGUACUGGUGAGAGUUCGCCAGACAACAUGCAGAUUCUUCAGCUUCAGGUUCUCAAUAAAGCAAAAGAAAGAACUUUAGGAGAACUUAACAACCAGCUGGAAGAAAGAGCACAGCAGAUGAGGUAUCUGUCUCAUCAGCUUGCAAUUAUGAAAGAUGAAAAAGAUGGCAUGUUUCUUAGUCUCCAAGAAAGUCAAAAACUCUAUCAAAAUAGCAAGGAAAGGGAAGUUCAACUUGAAGGCCAAAUAAAAGCUCUUGAAGCCCAAAUUCAGACUCUGACUGCUAAUGAGGAGCAGCUGAUCAAACAAUCAAAAGUAGCAGGAGUUGCCAUGGAAAGUGUGCAACAGCAGCUCUUGGAACUUCGCCGGUCUGAUGCUCUUCAGCGUGCAAGGGAGCAACAUGAGGCUGUUGUUGCGGCACUCAAACAGAAAUACGAAGAGCAGGCUUCAUCUUUGCAACAGAAACUUGAUAUGAAGAAUGCAUCACUCCAGGAGCAGACAGAAAUUUGUUGCUGCCUAAAGGAACACGUGAAACAGCUUGAAAGAACUCUUGAAGAAAGUAAAUUAGAAAAAAAUGAAAUCAUAAACCGGCUCUCGAGAAGUCUAGAGGAAAGCCAAAACCAGUGUGCAAAUCUAUUACAAACAGGCUUAGUAAAGGAGACAACCCAGUUACGUCUGCAGCUUCAGCAAGCCCACUCUGCGCAGUUGAUAGGCAAUGAGAUGAAUAAGGCUCUUCAGGAAGAGAUAAAGGAGCUAAAAGAAGAAAUUGUUCUCUAUGAAUCAGCUGCAAAACAUGGUGUGUUUCUCAAUGACCCAGGUGGAAAUCUGAAUGUUGAAUUAACAGAUUCAUACAUAGAUUUGGGCGUUAAAGAAAUCAACAAGAAGACAAGAUUGCAGAGUUGUUUAUUGAAUAAAGAAACAGAUAAAGGGCUUUCUAAAGAUGAAAUAAUUUUAGAGCUGAAGGUUGAAAUGGAACGGUUACUGAGCAGUAACAAAACAAAGAGGAGCCGGAUUUCUCGACUGCAGAAUGACCUUGAAGAUUGUCAUAAGACAAUAGAAGAACUGAAGCGGCAGCUGAUCAAAUCAAAUGCAUGUGAGACCAGAGGGAAAAACAUGGAGAGUCCAUCUGAUACCAGAGAGUAUAGCUCUUCUGACGAAAUGCUGAGGCUCAAAAAAGAAAACCAAGUAUUGCAAGAGGAGAUUGAGAGCCACAAUGCACGUAUCCAGGAACUUCUGGAAAACAAGGAACAGCUAAAAAAUGCAAAUCAAGACCUGUGUAGUCAAAUGAGGCAGAUGAUUCAGCACUCUGAUCGGGAUAAGCAGGAAGCCCUCAACAGGUGUGAAAGAACGUAUCGGCAGCAUUACGAGGACACCAAGAAAAAGCUCCUUGAGUCUGCAGGAAAACAUGCUGCAGAUAAAGAAAAACUCGUCCAUACUUACGAAGAGAAUAUUACUCAGUUAAAGAUGGACAUCGAUGACCUGAAUAAAGAGUUGGUUGUGGUGAAAGAAUGUUACCUGGCCGUCUGCCGGGAGAAGGAUGAGCAGGCAGCCAUCCUGAAAGCAGCAUUUGAACAAGAGCAGAAGCAGGAGGAGGAAAAGUUACUGGAGGAAAAGGAAGAUUCUUUGAACAGACUAAGAAAUGAAUUAGAAGAAACAUACAAGAAUUCCAUGGAACUAAUGAAGAACCAGUGGCAGAAGGAAAAAGAAGCCAACAUGAGGCAGUGUAUUGAAGAUGAAGUGGCAAUUGCCAAAAGCAUUUGGGAGAAAGAACAGAAAGAGGCCCAGGAGCAGGUUUUUCAGGAAGUUGAAAAAGAGUGGCAGCAAAGACUGGCUCAGGCUUUGGCAGACGCCAAGAGAGCUGUGGUGGAACUCAAAGAUCACGGCAGCCAAACGGAUGACACGCUGCGCCAAGUGAUCGUGGAGGCGGUAGAGGAGCAAACGUCGUUAUUUCGGGAGGCUCUGAAAGCGAAGGAAAAGUCACUGAGAGAGCAUGAAGCAAAGUAUCACGAGAACAUUGCCACUCAGGUGGAAUUAGCUCUGACCAAAGCGCGUGCCUUAUGGCUGCAAGAACUUACUAAUCUUGAGGAAUAUAAAAAUCAUUUGAAGGUAGCCAAAGGAAAGUGGGAAAAAGAAUCGGAAAUCAGCACAGCAGAACAGGUAUCAGCUGUUGAAGAGAAAUGGAAGAGACAACUUGAGAACAGUGAUAAAGCUCAGAUAAGAAUCAAAGAGCUUGAAGAGAAAGUCCUGUCCCUUAGAAGGGAGCUGGAGCUGAAACAAGAUGAAGUCCCCUCCCUUGUUAAAGCAGAGCUUGCAAAAGCUCACACUCAGUGCAACAAAGAAAAGCAAGAGGAGAUUCUCAGGAUGCAAGACCAAAAUGAAAAAGCGUAUCACGCCUUUUUACAUGAUCAGAAAGUUAAAAUCAGUGAGAUGUUUGCAAAGGCCAAAGAAGACUUUGAAAAUCAAAAGAAAGAAUUGUUGGAUCAAAAAGAGGCAGAGCUGAAGAUGUGCCUUGUCAGAAAGCAGCAAGAAUGGGCUGUUCAGGAAGCCAAGAGGCUUCAAAAUGAAAUUCAUCAGUAUGAGGACAGGAUUCUUGUUCAGGUGGAACUUCUCUUAGAUGACCUACACAAGGAUUUGGUCCAGUGUGCAGACUAUGAGCAUACUUGGCAAGCAAAGUGGAACGUGUCUCCUCCCGUUCAAAUCAAUCUCCAGUUCAAAGACAAACUGAUGUUUUGUUUGCAGAAAGCAUAUAGAAGCACGGUCAAUGCCAUUCUUGAAAAAGCAAAGAAAAAGUGGAACAAGAAACACGAAAAUUUGAGCUCUGAUUUCAAAGAUCCUGAUGACUCUUGCAUGCAGAAUGGUGAAGGAGAGCCUGGGGACAAAGCCAGGCAUUCCAUGUAUGACGUUGGGCAGCAAGUAGAACUGCAGCGGAUAUUAAGAAAACAUCCACCUUUACAGGAGACCGAAAUAGAUUUGGAUUCUAAAUGUAGGAAAAGAAAUAUGUUGUCGCAAGAAGAGAUUUGUUGGGAAUAUUAUCGACAGCGGCUGGAAAAAAAAGAAAAAGAAUGUCAGGAUUUGAAAAAGAAACUUGACAAAGCUUGCAAGCAUCUCCAGCUUGCUGUGAAGGAACAAAAAACAAAGUCUGAACAAGCCCAAGAAAAUGAAAAAAUUCUGGAUGCCCUCAUGGAAGAAAAUUCUGCAAUGAAGAACCAACUUGAUGAUUUGAAAUACGUCAAUAUUCCUCCAAGGUCAUCCUCAGAAGGCUUUGUCUCAAAGCCUUGUUCUCUGUGUGACGGAAAAGCCUUGGAAGAAAUGCGUUCCCAGUAUAUUAAAACAGUGAGCAAAAUUAAAAAUGACAUGCUUCGUUACAUCCAUGAAAGUAAGGAGAGAGCUGCAGAAAUCAUUAAAGCUGAAGUUAUAAGGGAACGGCAAGAGACCGCCCGAAAAAUGCGCAAAUAUUAUCUUAUUUGUCUUCAACAGCUCCUUAUUGAUGAUGGCAAGCAGGAAGGGGCUGAAAAGAAAAUAAUCUGUGCUGCUGGCAAAAUUGCUACAAUGGCUAACGUAUUAGAAACUCCUGUUCGGAACUCAACGCUAAAUAAGGCCUCCCAUUCAGUCCUGUCCCAAAACCCCAGAGCUGAGGAGCCUAAAAGGAGUUAUGCUCAACAUUCUAAGACAACCUCAAAGGAAAACCAAACGCUUGGUGAAAAUAUGGGCAAAGAACCUAGUAACUCUGCUUCACAGAAACAUAUACCGCGUAGCUUGCAACCACAGCUUGAUGCAGAAAGUGAGUCAGGCCCAGUUUCUCAAACCCAGAUUGCCAAGAAAGCUUUUAAGCAACUGGACGACUCUCCAGUUGGUACUGCACCCACAGAGGCUUUCAGUGAGGAAGAACUUGCAGACAAAGGCCUACCACGUAGAUUUGGUACUGCAACAUUCCAGAAUGCUUCCUCCUAUGUGUCUCAAGGAAAGCUUCAAAAUAUUCACGCCAUUACAGUGGAUGGUUUUAACUUUGGGACAGCUUGUGAAAAGUUUAAGUGCCUAAAUGAAAGGCCAAGAAUAACAGAGGUUGCAUGUAGCCAGCCUGCUAGACAAUGGAAGGCGAAAUCUGGGAAAACCCAAGGCUUUGAAGUUCAAGAAACUCCAGUAAGGGAUGAAGGGUCUUCUGCUGACUGGAGCCUAAUAAGCGAGACUCUGCAUGUGAACAGUAGCAAUAGGUUUCAGUGUCCUGUUCAAAAAGUAUAUUCCAGUAGGCCCAUAGACUCCCAUUCAGCGUUUCCCAUGACCAAUACCUGUUCCCACUCCAAGGAAGAUACUUCUGUUUUUUCUCAGCAUCCUGGUGGACACAAUGAAAAGGAACUUACCGAGAGCCAAAACUUAAAUUGCCGUGAAGGCCAUCUGACUGUGAACUCAAGUUGUGCACCAUUUCUAAGCUUGGACACCUUAGGUCCUGCUAGCGGCCAUCCAAGUAAUGCUGUGCUGUGUUCUGCAGCAGGAAAAAACUGUAAUUCACUACAAUCAAGGAAACAGAUACCCAGCGUUAUGGAUUACCAACAAGACAGUGGCUUUGACAGCCCACAAAUCAACUUUGAUUAAUCAUCAACAUCUGAAAACUCUCAUGAAAGAGAUACUUAAAUAUAUUUAAAUGAAAGGUGUGGAGAAAACCUGUUGUGAUAGGCUUAUGAGUGUUUUUGUUCAUUUCUUGAUUUUAUAUUUUGACUGUGACAUGAACAAUCCAGCCAUAAAUAUUUGGGUUUGGGGUCACGUCUUAGAUAUCUGACUUUAUUGUUACACAUUGCCUCUGUGUGUGUGUGUGUUUCUGUAUGUCAAAUAAUGUUGAAUUGUGUUGCAGGAAAUUAUCUAUUUUUAUACUCAAGAUUAGUGUGCAGUCCAAUGCAAAUUUUUACAUUUUAUUUAUAUAAAAAUAAAGCUAACACUUUGUG